AUGACUGUGAUUUGCAAUGACAGCCACAGUAAUUUCAUUCUCUUGGGCUUCUCUGACAAGCCAUAUUUGGAAAUGAUACUCUUUUGGAUUAUUUUGGUGUUUUACUGCUUGACUAUUGCAAACAACAUAGUUAUAGUCCUUGUCUUCUUGACGGAUCCAAAACUCCACAUUCCUAUGUAUUUCUUCCUUUCCAAUCUGUCUUUGCUGGAGCUCUGUUUCACCGGCAGCUGUGUUCCACAAAUGUUGACUAACUUCUGGGGCCCAGAGAAAGUUAUCAGUUACAUAGGCUGUGCCAUUCAACUCUACGUCUUCAUGUGGCUUGGGGGCACUGAAUGUGUCCUUCUUGUCAUCAUGGCUGUGGACCGCUAUGUAGCAGUGUGUCGCCCACUGCAGUAUACCACCAUCAUGCACCCAAGAGUUUGUCUGCAGCUGGCUCUCCUGGCGUGGGGGACUGGCUUGGUUCCAUCUCUCAUUCAGGCCCCUGCUAUACUCCAGUUGCCUUUCUGCUCCCACCACAUGGUUGAUGACAUUGUGUGUGAAGUCCCAGCACUUAUUCAGCUCUCCAGUACAGACACCACCUACAAUGAAAUCCAGAUGUCCGUAGCUAGCAGCAUUCUGCUGGUGGUGCCCCUGAUCAUUAUCCUGUCCUCUUAUGCUGCUAUUGUUAAGGCUGUGCUGAGGAUAAAGUCAGCUUCCGGGCAGAAGAAAGCGUUUGGCACUUGCACUUCUCACCUUCUUGUGGUUUCUCUUUUCUAUGGCACUGUCACAGGUGUCUACCUCCAACCCAAGAGUCGUUAUGCUCAUGAACAGAACAAGUUUCUCACCCUUUUCUACACUGUAGUGACCCCAACUCUUAACCCUCUUAUAUACACUCUGAGGAACAAGGAGGUAAAAGGGGCAUUGAAGAGAUUAGGGAGAAGUAUAUGGAAUUCGAAGAAUAGAGAAAAAACAGACCACAGAUGCUGGAAAUUUACAUCUUAA